CGGGUUCUCUUCCUUCUAUAGUCUCUGUCACAAGGAAGAACUAAUGGCGAAAGGAGGAAAGCAGAAAAGAACUGGAGCCAAUGAAGCAGAAAACAGACGAGGACCAGGACCUCAAGUGUCUCCUUACGAGGUAGGUGGGCUUCUUUUCAAACAAGGGGGAAGCAGCCUAGAACAUGCCACAGCUCUAUCAUUCCUUCUACUAGUCUAUGGGCGCACUUUGGGUCAAGCCAAGGACAAGUCCAUUGUGGGGAGGCGAUCGUUAUUCUUGAAAGGCCUACAGAGUUCGCAAAAAGCCAGGCAUUUCAUCAAUACAGGUGGGUUACAUUCUGGGAAGCAAUCCGUUGGGAAGGAAAAGAGGACAGGAAAAGUAUCCUUUUCUGAUGGGUGUAUUGCGCACAAGAAUAGAGAAAAUGAGGAAGAGGUACAAACUAGAUUGCUGGAAGUUGAGGAGCAAGAUGAUGUCGAAGGGCAGCUUUACAAAGGAAAUUAAGGGAAGGGAUUGAUAAAGAAUCGUUGUAAGUUUUUGUGGUUUCAAUGAAAAUUGUUUCUUGUAAUGUUAGAGGAUUAAGAGGAGGUUUGAAGAGGAAGUGGGGAAAUUGGUGAAGACAGACCAGCCAGAUUUCUUGUUUUUGCAGGAAACUAAGUUGGAGGUAACUGAUAAUGGGUUAUGUAGAUUGCUAUGGAAUUUAGAUGGGUUUAAUUAGGUUAUGAAGGAAUCAGUUGGUGCUACAAGAGGCUUAUUAUGUGUUUGGAACAAAUUAAAAUUUGUUAA